GCCCAACCCUUGUCUUUUCGCAAAAACCCUUUCCAAUGAUUCAUCCAAGAAUUUCGUUGGAUGCUGAAAGGCUCCUCUUUAAGGCUCUCUCACUUUUCGCCAUACUUGCAACCCUCGUCAGCUGCCCAUAUGUCACGGCGGCCCAAAGGAGUAACAGCAGCAAUCCGACGACGAUCCCGGUGAACAUCGGGGUGGUUCUCAAUCUGGAGACAUGGGUGGGUCAGAUGGGAUUGAGCUGUAUUAACAUGUCCCUCUCCGAUUUUUAUAGUUCAAAUCCUUCCUACAAGACCAGACUCGUCCUCAACGUCAGAGACUCCAGACAAGAUGAGGUUACCGCUGCCGCUACAGCCCUUGAUUUGAUAAAGAAUAAGCAAGUCCAAGCCAUAAUAGGCCCUGAAGGUUCGAUGCAAGCAGACUUCAUCAUUGACCUCGGAAACAAAUCUCAUGUGCCCAUCGUCUCUUUUUCUGCUACUAGUCCUUCCCUCAGUUCGAUUCGGAGUCCGUACUUCAUUCGUGCCACGCAGAAUGACUCGGCCCAAGUGAAUGCCAUAAGCGCGGUCGUAGAAGCUUUUGGCUGGAAAGAAGCGGUCCUCAUAUAUGUGGACAACGAGUUCGGAGAAGGCAUCAUACCUUCUCUUACCGAUGCUUUGGAAGAAGUCGACACGCGUGUGCCCUACAGGACCCUUAUUGGUCCUUCGGCCACCGACGAUCAAAUCCGGCAGGAACUCUACAAGUUAAUGACGAUGCAAACAAGGGUCUUCAUCGUGCACAUGUUACCUAGCCUCGGUUCUCGGCUAUUUGCCAAAGCAAAAGAGGUGGGAAUGAUGAGCGAAGGUUAUGUGUGGAUCUUGACUAAUGGAAUCACUGACUUAUUGAGUUCGGUGGAUUCAUCAGUCGUGGCCACUUCAAUGCAAGGAGUACUAGGAAUUAAGACUUAUGUCCCGAACACACCAAACCUAGACAUUUUCAUGGUCCGAUGGAAGAUGAAAUUCCAACAAGUCAACCCAUCCGUCCUUAAUCCGAUGUUGAACAUUUUCGGAUAUUGGGCUUAUGACGCUGCUUGGGCUCUGGCAAUGGCUGUCGAGGAAAUGGGUGCAGCAAAUUUCACCUUCCAGAUGAUGAAUGCUUCGACAGAUGCAACGGAUCUCGAGACUAUCAGGGUCUCUCAAAAUGGUCAAAGACUUCUCCAAGAACUAGUCAAUACAACAUUCACAGGCCUUGUUGGAAAGUUUAGCCUUGUAGAUGGGCAGUUAGAAUCGUCAGCAUUCCAGAUUGUUAACAUCAAUGGAAACGCAGCAAGAGGGAUUGGGUUUUGGACGCUAGAAAAUGGCCUGCUGAGGGAUGUGAAUUCAAUCAACACAAGCAAAUAUUCGACUUCGAAGUGUAAUCUUGGACCGAUAAUAUGGCCAGGAGAUUCGACCUCUGUGCCUAAGGGAUGGGAGAUUCCCACGAAUGGGAAGAGGCUCAAAAUCUUAGUUCCCGUGAAGGAUGGUUUCAAUCAAUUUGUGACGGUGACCGGAGAUCCUAGCACAAACACAUCCCAAGUCACCGGAUACUGUAUAGACAUCUUUCGAGCCGUGGUAGAAAAUUUGCCUUAUGCCGUGCCUUACGACCUUAUUCCGUUUGCCUUGCCCAAUGGAAGUAGCGCUGGCAAUUACAAUGACAUGAUCGAUCAAGUAUUUUACCAGAACUAUGACGCAUUGGUGGGCGACACGACAAUCGUCGCGAAUAGAUCAUUGUACGUGGACUUCACCUUACCAUACACCGAAUCAGGAGUUGUGAUGCUCGUUCCAUACAAGGACAACAAGAGCAAGAAUGCUUGGGUUUUCUUGAAGCCACUCACUUGGGACCUUUGGCUAACAAGCGGAUGCUUCUUUGUGUUUAUAGCAUUGGUCGUGUGGAUUCUCGAGCACCGGAUUAACGAAGAUUUCAGGGGUCCGGCAACACAACAAGUUGGCACGAGCUUCUGGUUUUCGUUUUCAACCAUGGUCUUUGCACAAAGGGAGAGAGUAUUCAGCAACCUAGCGAGAUUUGUCGUGAUCGUGUGGGUUUUCGUAGUACUUAUACUGACGCAAAGUUACACGGCAAGCUUGAGCUCUCUUUUGGUGGUGCAGAAUCUUCAACCAACUGUGGCAGAUGUGAAUCAACUGCUAAAGAGUGGAGCAAAAGUGGGAUACCAGGAUGGCUCUUUUGUUUAUGGAAUGCUAAAGCAAAUGAAGUUUGACGAUUCCAGACUUACAUCUUAUCAAUCUGCUGAAGAAUGCGAUGCUCUUCUUUCGACUGGAAGUGCAAAGGGUGGGAUCGCAGCGGCUUUCGACGAAAUCCCCUACAUUAAACUCAUUCUUUCUCGACAUUGCAACAAGUAUACCUUGAUCCCGACAUUUAAAACUGCUGGGUUUGGCUUCGUUUUCCCCAAAGGGUCUCCGCUAGUACCAGAUAUUUCGCGAGCAAUCCUCAACAUAACCGAAGGACCGAAAAUGACGGAAAUCGAAAGCGCGUGGCUUACAUCGAAAACCAACUGCCUGGAUUCGACAACCUCGGUUUCUUCCGACAGCUUGGGUCUUGACAGUUUCUGGGCCCUAUUCUUGAUUGCUGGAGCUGCUGCAGUUCUAGCUCUUCUCAUUUUCAUGGUCAUGUUUGUCAAAAAAAAUUGGCCUGAAGUAACAAGUUCUUCAGGUUCAUCAUGGGAGAAAAUUGUUGCAUUAGGAAGAAGAUUUUACCAAAGAGACCUCAAUGCUCACACUUUUAGGAAAGGCAGAUUCAGAGAUAGAAGGACGAAUGAUGAUGGCAAUGAGACUGGAGCUGUUGUCACUUUAGAAAAUACUAACUUCCCCCCGAGGCCGUCGAGCGAAUCCAUCCAAAUCAACGAUGUUUUAACCGACGAGCAAGGCACACCAUCUGCAGAACAACGAUUUCUUAAUCGGGUAGACGAAGGGUGCCCAGAGGUAGCGAUAAGCGUCGAGCGCACAAAUGUAAAUCAAAUGUAGAUCGCGAGAUGUACAUUCCUCGACAACCUUAGGUACUGAACUUUAAUCCUGGACUAGUAGAAAAAUUUGUGCUUUUAGAUGACAAUGUCUUCCCCCUCAUUCUCUUCUCAUGUAAGGAAUGCCAUUGA